AUGUCUACAAACUCAAUCCCAGUUAGAGAUAUUGUGAUUCUUCUAAGUUUAUGGGUUACAAUUGUCAUAAGUGACAAUUUUAACGUAAACUUCGAACCUGGAUGGGGAUCUAAUCAUUUGACUGUGCUCGAUCAAGGAAAUACAGUAGAGCUUCUUAUGGAUCAAUCAUCUGGUGCUGGGUUUAGAUCCAAACAUGAGUAUUACAAUGGUGUAUUUAGAAUGAGAAUGAAGCUACCACAAUACAAAACCGGAGGAAUUAUUAUCUCCUUUUAUUUGAUAUCAAAACAAGGUACUGGAAAUCAUGAUGAACUUGACUUUGAGUUUAUUGGCAUAAGUGGAUUAUUACAAACAAAUAUCUUCACCAAUGAUGGAGGACAUAGGGAAGAGAAAAUUAAACUUUGGUUUGAUCCCACUCAGGAAUUUCACACUUAUGAAAUUGAUUUGAAUUGGAAUAGAAUUUUGUUUAUCGUAGACGGUAGACAAAUAAGGGAGUUCAAGAACAGUGGAGGGAACUACAUAACAAAACCAUUGCAUGUGGAGGCAAGCAUUUGGAAUGCAGCUUGGGCUGGGAAUGUUGAUUGGUCAAAAGGACCUUAUAAAACCUAUUAUCAAGACUUCUAUAUUCAAGGCACUAUAGCUAAUUCAGGAAACAUUCAAAUGGAUAGUAAUUCUUCCAACAUUCAUAAUAACUCCAAAGACAGUAAUAAUUCCAAAGGGAUAAUCCAUUAA